AUGGCUACGGUUAGGACCUGGCCGCGGCGGCCCACCCAUGGUUCGCCUGAGGAGACAUGGUCAGAGGGGAAUGAUGGGGGCGGUGGCGGUGACGGCGGCAGCGGCGAGACGGAGCAGACCGCAGGUUGGUUGGGCGGUGGGGCGAUUCCAGAAACCCAUCAUGCCUGGCACUUCACGGCCACCAGCUCACACGGCCAAGACGAAUGGGCUGUUCCACUGACAUCUGUGCAAGACAUUAUUGAGCGGUUCGUGAGAUUCUGUCAAGGAAAACUUGAAAGCAGCCUAUGGUCUGAGCUAUGCGGUCUUCAACCCGCCGAUACGAAGAUAGUUGACGAUCAGGUGGUGAACAUCAACUUGAAGGGUUUCCUUACCAUCAACAGCCAACCUGCUGUAAAUGGAGAGAAAUAUGAUUCUCCUAGUGUUGGAUGGGGCGGCCCAGGAGGCUACGUUUACCAGAAGGCCUACGUGGAAUUCUUCUGCACGAAGGAGAAGCCGGACCAACUCAUCGAGAAGAGCAACGUGUUCCCUUCCCUCACGUACAUCGCCGUGAACAAGGAAGGCGAGUCGUUCUCGAACAUCCCUCCGAACGCUGUGAACGCUGUCACAUGGGGAGUGUUCCCUGGCAAGGAGAUCACCGAGGACAGCGUUGACCCGGCGAGCUUCAUGGUCUGGAAAGAUGAAGCGUUUGAGAUCUGGUCCAAGGGAUGGGCCUGCCACUUCCCUGAGGGCGACCCAUCCAGGGAGUUGCUAGAGCAGGUACUUUCAGAUCGCUCGUCGUUCUUUAUUUGCGCUAGUAACAGGCUCAGAGAGACCUUUUGUGCAGAUAAAUGCUUUGCUUCUACUCCCGAUAUCUGA